AUGACCACUAUAGCAGCUGACUUCGGACAAGCUCUGAGAGAAGUAGAGGAUCCUCUUUACUCCAGCGAAGAACUCUACGGAAUUGUUGGAUCGAAUCUGCGUAGGUCAUUCGACAUUCGUGAAGUCAUUGCCAGAUUGGUCGACGGAAGUCGUUUUCUCGAAUUCAAGAAACUCUUUGGCGAAACUCUUGUUUGUGGUAGGUUCAUUUUUAUCUUUUUCUACUCUAUCUUUCACGAAGCACAUGCUGUGCAUUAG